CCUCAUUGGCUCACUGAGCUAAAUAAUGCCAGGCAACCAGCAGCCAAUCAGAGGCCAGAGUUCUGUUUAAAGGGCUGGGGUCCCCUGGGAGCUGGGCUGACAGUGUUACAUGCAGAGAGAGCAGCAUUGCACAGGACCCCACAUCACAGAGCAAGCUCACACUUUAUUCAGGUAGACUUUAUAUACUACUUCUACAUCUCUAUCAACUAGCAUUCAGUAUUUACAACUAAACUGGGGGGAAAUAAGCCACACUGGAGACUUGAGAUAGUCUCAUUUAUAAAAAUAUUUAAUAUUAUUAUUAUUAUAUUUCUUAUUAUUGUUAUUAGCAGUAGAUAUUUCUUUGUUUUUGUUGUAGAUAUUUUUAAACGUUAAACAGAUUUUCUGCUGUCUUGUGAAUAUAACUGAGAAGGAUACAGUUUAUAAUUUAUUAUAUUAUUAUUACAACAACCUUUCAUUCUUUAUAAUUAUUAACACGCCCCAUUUUAGUGUGACUAUUAUUUAAUAUAAAAACAGUACUUUAAUGUAUGAAAUAAUGUAUCAGUGUUUAUGUAUGUUUGUGUUAGUGUACUCGGCGCUUUACAUGUUGUAUUGCAGUAUAGGAGAGGUGCAGUGAGGGCAGUACGUAGAUACAUCAUAAAGCAUAGAAACUCCUCACUUACUGUCAAUCUGGAGUGGACAUUAGAUGCCCAGCUUCUAACUGGCUAAGCAUCAUGGGAUUUGCAGUUCUACAACAGCUGGUGAUCUACCUUUUGGCAACUCAUAAUCUAAAAAUCAUCUGUGUGAGAGGACUGAUUUGGACCUUAGUGGAGUCUCAGCAGGUGCAUGAACCUUCCUGGAGGCUCUCUGAGUACAAGGGGUCUUAGGGCUGACAAUCCUGAUCAUAUUGCUAGCAGACUGUACACAUUGUAACUGAUCUCCUGGACUGAAUCACAUCCACCAGAGGGACACUGUCAGGUCACCCCAUGGUAAGGUACAGGUGCAACGGAAAGCUUUCAGAUAGUGCAGGUGAUAUCCUGGUUAAGACAGGUCUUGUAAAUGUUGAACAUUAUCAGGACAGGCUCAGACAGUGCUGGGUUUAUACAUAAUGUAGGGGAUCUAACUGGACAUUAUCAGGACAGGCUCAGACAGCGCUGGGUUAAUAUAAAAUGUAAAGGAUCUAACUGGACAUUAUCAGGACAGACUCAGACAGCGCUGUGUUAAUAUAAAAUGUAAAGGAUCUAACUGGACAUUAUCAGGACAGGCUCAGUUAGCGCUGGGUUUAUAUCUAAUGUAGGGGAUCUGCCUGCAUUUUAUCAGGACAGGCUCAGUCAGCACUGGGUUUAUAUCUAAUGUAAGAGAUCAGACUGGACAUUAUCAGGACAGGCUCGGUCAGCACUGGGUUUAUAUCUAAUGUAGGGGAUCUGACUGCAUGUUAUCAGGACAGGCUCAGACAGUGCUGGGUUUAUAUCUAAUGUAGGGGAUCUGACUGCACGUUAUCAGGACAGGCUCAGUCAGCGCUGGGUUUAUAUCUAAUGUAAGAGAUCAGACUGGACAUUAUCAGGACAGGCUCAGUCAGCACUGGGUUUAUAUCUAAUGUAGGGGAUCUGACUGCACGUUAUCAGGACAGGCUCAGUCAGCGCUGGGUUUAUAUCUAAUGUAAGAGAUCAGACUGGACAUUAUCAGGACAGGCUCAGACAGCACUGGGUUUAUAUCUAAUGUAGGGGAUCUGACUGCACGUUAUCAGGACAGGCUCAGUCAGUGCUGGGUUUAUAUCUAAUGUAGGGGAUCUGACUGCAUGUUAUCAGGACAGGCUUAGAAAGGCUGUAGAGAUCAUGGUGGUUUGAUUGCAGUUCUGUCCACAGCCGAUGAAACAGUUACUAUCUGGACGUAAGAACAAUUCUCGAGUGUCCAAGUGUGGAAGGCUCGCUGUCAGUAGGAAAAUGCGCUAUUUGUUCUGAACACGUUAGAACAAACAGUCUCUGGGGCGAGGUCCUGUGGGAGGUGACGGUGCUGUGACAAGGCCCACUUGGGACAAUAAUCUCGCUAUAUUUACAGUCAUUAGGGAAGAGGCAGCUAAAUGAGGACCAAAAGGCAAACACGCUCUGCAGAGCCUUGUACAAAUCCACUGCAAAGCGUGCUGCGCAAACCAGUGGAGAUCAUUGUGUACGAACAGCCAUUCCAGCGUGAUUUGCUGGAAAUUCAGAGUGAAUUUAAGAUUAUAGUCCUAGAUAGCCACAUUGCAAAUAUAGCUUGUAUGGGGACAUUACUUUAUUUUCCUAAUUUGGCCUAAUAUUUAAAAAUCACUUAGAAAUCACAGCCAUUUACAAUUCAGUGGACAACCGUAAUAGUGUAAUCUUUAUUUGAAAAGCAAAACGUCUGCCGCAGACCACCUGUAGCUAAUGGUAUUUUAAAGCAAAAAAUAACUUUAGGCCCUCGGGGUGUAGAAGCCUGACGUAAAUUUACAUAACAUUGAACAGUGUGCUACGUGGUGUCUACAGUAAGGCCAUUCAAUUAAUGCACGGCUUGAGGCCUGCAUGGUAAAUAUGGCUGUCUGGGGCUGUGUAUGAUUUUCCCCUUGGUUAUAUACAUGAUAUACAGGACAAUAUUGCUUAAAUAGUGUCAACAUCACCAAAAUUUGCUAGGCAUCACUAUUGUAACAAUACCCAUUUCACUCUAACAUAUCCCCAGUUAUUUUAUUUUAUUUUGGGGCUGUUUGUGUAUUUUGUGUAAGUUUGUAAAAAGUUGUCAUUCUUGACCCCCCACAGGAUCUGUACAUCACCAGCCUUGCCACGCUGGAAUAAUGCCAGUCCUUUCAACGUCCUACCAACACCAAAAUCCUGUGGCAGGGGAGUGCUUGCGCGAAGAUGACAGUCUCACCAACCUCCAGUGGCUUACAGACUUCUCGAUCCUGAGUACAGACUUGUCUUCCAUUGCUACAAUAUACCCACCUCCCCCACGGGCGUCACAGGGCCCAUGCAGCCCAACCGCAGGGGACACGGCUACAUGCCAGGGUCAACAGGUAGGAAAGCCGAGGUCUGUCACGGGCACUACUGCAUGGCCCUCCUUGCCCACAUCAUGCCCCAGCCCUGCCCAGGAAGUGGAUUAUAGAACCAACCCUCACAUCAAGCCGCCAUAUUCCUAUGCCACCCUUAUUUGCAUGGCCAUGGAGGCCAGCCAGCAGCGCAAACUCACCCUCUCGGCCAUUUACAACUGGAUCACCCAGAAUUUCUGUUAUUACCAAUACGCUGACCCAAGCUGGCAGGUGAGUUUAUUCAAUUUAAGGAUUUUUUGUGCAUAAGAUGAUGUUUUCAAUAUAUAUUCUACCAAUCCGUAGGGGUUAUUCACCUAUUUAUUUAUUUAAAUUCAGAUUUGUAGAGAAUUAAAACCCAAAUGGCAAAUUAAGGCUAAAAUAGCCGAGCUCUUACUAUAACUGAGUUGGAGAAUAUUUUCCAGAUCAGCUAUCAAGACUAAAUUGUGCCAAUACGGUUUGAAUUUCCCUUAGAAUUGAGAAUUAAGUGAUUAACCCUCACUUUAUUUGACAUAUUUGUUCCUGUCUGUCUAUAUGAAUGGCUUAGGGAUACUUUUGUCUUUAUAUCAGUGGUGGAAACUGCAUUUUCUGUCAGUGUGUAGACUGAUUUGAAGGGGUCAUAUUAUUUACAGGAUAGAUGGAGGAGGCCUUUUUGUAUCUGAGUGUUGGCGGAAAUUUAAGACAUAUUGUGUAUUUAAAAGAGCACAGUCUUUCUUUUAUCUGUGCUCGUCCUGCUUCUCGGAAGACAUGAGGCCUUCUCUUUUAUUUGUCUAACAGAGAAGUGACGGGACCUAUUCCAUUUAAACAUAUGAUCUGGGAUUCCUCUCCUGCAACUCUUUGAAAUAUUAAUUUGAAGUCUCUUCAGUCAGGUGUCUGUCUAUAGCCAAACAUAUGCUCUCUGAGUGAGCUCGUAGACAGCUGCAUAAUGGCGUACAUUGUCCAAGCAGGAAACAGAUACCAGAGGAUGGCAAGAUGGGUCCCAGUUUAUACCAAUUUCCCCGGGGUAGGAAGUCUAAACUCUUACUAAAAAAAACACCAUGAAGCCACUGAUUAAAAUUUAAAUUGUUUUUUUUUUUUUCUAUGUAUGAUUUUGUUGUAUUCAGUGAAUUUUGGUAUACUUUAACCACCCCUCAGUUUGCUAUACAUAGUCAGUUCCAGCUGUUGUUUAAUAAUAUGAAAGUCUAUAAUCCCCAACAAGUAGUAAUCCAGCUGAUGCAUAAUAAUAUCUCCCAUGAUGCAUUGCCAGUCUAUAAUCUCCAGCAGGAAGUAAUCCAGCUGAUGCUUAAUAAUAUCUCCCAUGAUGCAUUUCCAGUCUAUAAUCUCCAGCAGGAAGUAAUCCAGCUGCUGCUUAAUAAUAUUUCCCAUGAUGCAUUGCCAGUCUAUACUCCUCGGCAAGAAGUUAUCCAGAUAUUUAAUAAUAUCUCCCAUGAUGCUUUGCAAAUCCAUCAUUUCCAUCACGAUGUCUCCCGUUCAUGUUGUCCAGUAUCUCCCAGGUUGCUUUGCUAGCUAUUGGCCAACACUGUUGUAGCCAAUACUUAACUGAGAGUCACAUAUUUAUCAAACCAGCACUAUACUGAAUACCAGCAGGACCCACACAUUACUGACUAUAGUCUGUUCGAUAGACAUGCUCACAAUAAAUACAAAAAUAUAUAUAUUUUGGAUAUCAGACAUGAAAUAAAAACGUUUAUUGCAUUUUGUGUUUCAGAACUCCAUCCGCCAUAAUCUCUCCCUGAAUAAAUGCUUCAUGAAGGUUCCCCGGGGGAAGGACGAGCCUGGAAAAGGAGGCUUCUGGCAGCUGGAUCCUCAUUACGCACACAUGUUUGUGAAUGGGGUACUGAAGAGGAGGAGAAUGCCUUCUUCUCACCAAGAUGUUUCGAGGAGUAAUAAAAUAUCCACCCACCACCCAUACCAGACAGUUUCCAGGCCCGGUAAGCACCGUCUACAACAGAUCUCUUGUUCAUACAAAGAACCUCACAGACACGAGAAACCCAGUCCGGUUUUGCCAGCACUGAGAGUCCCAGAACGACAUGGAGACGCCAUUUUUGUUCAAGAGGAUCCUCAAUAUGGCAGCAAUUUUGAUGAUCUUGAUAUACAGACAGCCUUAAUAUCUAUGUGGUGGGAGGGAGAAAAUGCAGUUAAUGCUAUGAAUUCUUCUGUCCAAGGUUCUCAUGGACUAGAAGUAGCCCACCAGGAGGCUCCAAGAAUGGACAGCUCUUGGUUCUUGCCUUCAGACAACCAGCCAUCUUGGGAAGAAGUGACUGAGGAGCCAGUAGUUGAUCAGUGGUACAGUGACAGUGGCUAUACCGAAGACGUCCUUUAUGAGUGUCCACCUUGGGAACGUGUGGAUAAUUUGCUAUGACCAGUGACGCAGUUUGAGACUAGAACUGGGUAGACUUAAACAAUAUGGCCGAUAGUGGUGCAUUAAAGUGGCUGAAGCCUAUCAAAAACGGUUUUGCCUACUGAUCUGCUAUUUGGAGCCCUGCCAAUCUACAAAUGUCAUGUUAAUGGAUCUGGUAUUUUAGGAGGGUCUCUAUGCACUUAAACAUAAAAUGGACAUGUAGGUGCACCAUUAGAUACAAACCAGGGUAAAUGAAUUACAUGGUUAGUUGCCAUGAACAUUAUGGACUGGACAUCACCUCUCUUGCAUCAAUUGCUUUGUACUGAGUGUGUUUCGACCAUAGAUCACCAAACAAGACAUUCUAUGUAUUUGUAAUGAAUGUAAAGCUAUGUUUAUUUUGAAUGUUGUCUCAAAUCUAUAGGAGUUCGGCCUUUUUUUGUGAACCUGGUAUUUUAAAACUGCACUGACAUUUUUAAAGCAAAUCCCAAAACAAUCAUGCCAACUUUACUUAAAGCAAGAUAAUAAUAAAAACUGUUUUGUUUUUUUACAAUUUAACAAUUACAAUCAAAGUGGAUAUAAACAGGUAAAAAAAUGAAUAGCUAUGACGACGCCUCAGGAACAUAAUUUGAAAGAAAUGGGGUAGAGGGGUGGUUGUGCAACGCAAUAUAAUAUGAAGGACACUGCAAAUCUGUUUUGAGCACUAAGCCUAGAUUGUAGGCCAUGACUGUGGAAAAUAAAAUAAAUUACAUAAAGC